AUGCCUUACAACACCACAGCCAUCCCUCCCCGAAAGGAUGUUACGGGCGCCACUCUGUUGCCAUUAUCAAGAGUCAAGAAGAUCAUUGCACAGGAUCAGGAUAUCAACAUCUGCUCUAAUAACGCGGCCUUUGCCAUCACAGUCGCAACAGAGCUGUUCAUACAACAUCUAGCAUCAAAGGCCCUAGACGCAGCAAAGGCCGAACGUAAACCCCGGAGGAAUAUUCAGUAUAAGGACAUCGCAACCGCGGUGCACCAUCACGACAACCUCGAAUUCCUCGAAGACCUUGUGCCCAAGACCGCCAAGUUCAAGGACGUCAAGGCCGCGGCCGCGGCCACGCGCGCCAGCCUGCGUGGCGAGCUCAAGACCGACGUCGUCAGUGAGGAACCGCCGGCGCCCGUGCCCAACGGCAAGAAGCACAAGGCCAGCGCCAGCCGCUCGAGCCUGAACGGCAACGUCGACAUCGGGAGCAUGUUGGGAGGCCACCGCGUCGCACGGAUGCAGAGCGAGGACGACGGGCCUGCCGACCCCAAUGAUCAGCUCCAGAUGGAGAUGCAGCAGGCGAGGGGCGAUGGCGAUGUGGAGAUGGCAGAUUAG